UGUAAGGGACACAUUCCUGGAGAGGAAGAAAAGUAAGAAAAGGGGGAGAGCAAAGAGGAGACAGCAGAGAGAAAUGGAGAACACGCGCAAGCUAUUAUUUCCAAAAAGGUCUUUUAGGGAAAAUUAGGGGAAAGCGGAAGCCUGUUCCUGAAUUACUGCGCUGUAAGUAAUCGACCGCUGAUUGAGUAUGGACUCAUUGUUUUUAUGAGCUGAUAGAUUGGCUGACUGACUUCUGGAGAUUUUUAACGGACAAACUUUGAGCUGUUGGAGUGGAUGUGAGGAGAAAGGUGAACGGUGCACUGCAGCUUGAUUCUCAUGCCUCUCCAGCAGCCCCUCUGAUUCUACUUAUUGAUGAAUCGAUAUACUGACGAUAUCAACCCACAAAGCUGGAACCUGCAGAUUAUUACUUGGUCAUUAAGGACACAUUUCCUGUCAUUCCCUUCAGCUGUCUUGCAAGCAGUGAAACUUGGAAUGAACCUUAUAUAAAGGAAUUAUACAUGACUUUUAGAGAGAUCAUAAAUCAUAAAAUAUUAAGUACCUCAACAUUUCUGUGGGCACACAUUGACUGCUGCAGGCGCGUUAAAUCCCCUGUAGAAAUAUUAUAGGGACAGAGAAAAACCUCCACAAAGUGCAACAAGGACGAACAUAAAGGCGUCAUUUCUACUACAGCGCCACAGUAUGAAUAUUGUAAGAAUUUAAUAGAGAUUAUUUGAGUGCCAGCGCUUCUCGGGAUUCCAGUUUGGAGAUUGGAAGUUAUUUUUGGCUGCGCAAAGUAGAGCGACUCUUCCACACCAUUGCCCGGACAGAGUCAGAGAAAAGACUGAACACAGAGGUCUGUACCUGCUUUUUCUUUGUCUUCCAUCCCGUCCUGGAAGAAAGGAGCGGGAUACACGGAGGGCGGAGGAAAGGAAAGGAAAGCUAGAGAGAAAGAGAGAGGGAGAGCGGGGGAGAUGCCUAACUGCGGUUAAUUGGGGGAGACUUUAUCCUACCAACAUCUCGGAGAAAGAAGGAGAGAAGAGGAAAAGGGAUUUUAUUCCUUUUUAUAGCCAGAGAGGCUGUCUGAGGGUCUACAUCUCAUUUUUUGGGGGCAGAGGAGAGAAGAAAACAACCUUCUUCGGCUGUUUAUUUACGCUUAUAUCGUCCCGUCACUUUGGAGAGGAGAAAAGAAAAGAGAGCCAGUGCUGGGAUUAUUUUUUUUAACCUUUGUGUCUGGUCAAGAUUCCGUUAUCUGCUUGGAUUCAGGAUUAGUUCCUCUGAAACACCAGGUGCCAGUGGAGAACAGAGAGAUGAAGACUUUAUCUCUCCUCUUCCUCCUCCUCCUCGCCUCGGGAGCCUGUGACGACGUCAAGUACAUCUCCAAGAGGAACUCAGUGGAUGGAUGCAUUGACUGGUCUGUGGAUCUGAAGGAGUACCACGUAUUGGCUGGUGAGCCUGUUCGAGUUAAAUGUGCCUUGUUCUACAGCUACAUCCGAACCAACUACACCAUGGCCACAAACGCCAAGCUGCGCCUCAUCUGGUACAAGAACAAAGGCGAUGCAGAGGAGCCCAUCAUCUUCUCGGGUCACAGGCUGAGUAAAGAAGAUGACUCCAUCUGGUUCAGAUCUGCUGAAUUGGAAGACAGUGGAUUCUACACAUGCGUUUUAAGGAACUCCACAUACUGCAUGAAAGUGUCCAUGUCGAUGACCGUGGAAGAGAGCGACGAGGGAAAAUGCUUCAGUAGCAAAAUCCGCCAUCUGGAGAAAGCUGAGAUAACCCACAGCAAAAUGAUCCACUGUCCUGAUAUAGAAGACUAUUUGGCUCCAUAUAAACAACCGCAGAUGACCUGGUACAAGGAGUGUGAGCUGGUUGAAUGGAGAAGCUCCAUCAUUGUUAAUACCACACAUAUUUGGAUACCUGAGAUAGAGGAGGGAGACGGGGGAAAUUACACCUGUGAAUUGCAGUAUGGAUCCAGAUUGGUGCGAAGGACAACGCAACUCAAAGUCACAGCUCUCCAGACCACACAACCUCCCAAGGUCCUUUUCCCCCCAGACAGACAAGACACAGUGAUAGAAGUCACACCUGGUAUGCCUCUCAGUCUGGACUGCAAGGCAUUUUUUGGCUACAGUGGAGAAAACAGAAAGCCCAUCAUCUACUGGAUGAAAGGAGAAAAAUUUGUUGAAGAACUUGCAGGGCAUAUUAAGGAAACUGAAAUGAAGGUGGUGAGGGAGCAUUUAGGAGAGAAGGAAGUGCAGCUGUCCCUAACAUUUGAUGCCGUGGAGGACGGAGAUUUGGCCAACUAUACCUGUUACGUGGAGAACCACAUAGGGAGGCGCAGCGGUAGCGCUAUACUGCAAAAGAAAGAUAUGUACCGUCUGGAGUUAGCUGGAGGCCUCGGGGUCAUAUUGCUGCUGCUGGGAGUCCUAACCGCACUUUAUAAAUGUUACAACCUGGAGAUCAUGCUCUGCUACAGGAGACACUUUGGGAGUGAUGAAACUGAAGAUGAUAAUAAGGAGUAUGAUGCCUAUCUGUCCUAUACUAAAGUGGACCUCGACUCAUUGGGCAGCAGGACGAGCAGCGACGAGGAAACAUUUGCUUUGGAGAUCUUGCCGGAUGUUUUGGAGAAACAUUAUGGAUACAAGCUGUUUAUACCAGACAGAGAUUUAAUACCCAGCAGUACCUACAUUGAGGACUUGGCUCGUAGCGUGGAGCAGAGCAGACGUCUGAUCAUCGUUUUAACGCCAGAGUUUGUCGCCAAAAGAGGCUGGAGCAUCUUCCAGAUAGAGACACGCCUCCACUCCAUGCUUGUUACUGGGGAGAUCAAGGUGAUCAUGAUAGAGUGUGCAGACCUGAAGAAUGUCAUCAACUACCAAGAGGUGGAGGCACUUAAACAUACCAUCAAGGUUUUAUCCAUCAUCAAGUGGAGGGGUCCUAAGAGCAAUGAGCUGUCAUCUAAGUUUUGGAAACAGGUGGUCUACGAUAUGCCCGCUAAACGCAGAGAGACACUGUCCAGACGUCAGGUAAUGGAUUCUGGUGAACAGGGCCUCUUUGGUGACCUACAGACCACAGUCUCCACUAUUGCCAUGACAACCACUUCUGCCUCCCUGGUGCCCCCUAAUGAGAGUCGGCAUGGACACCAUCAGGUCGCCUUGGCAACAGAGAUCCCUGACUACAACCAGAUGACCUUGCCAUUAGGAGGGGGUCACAGUGCUACAGCAGCUCAAAUGCGGCAUUUCUGCCGCAGCUAUGAGUUUCAACUUCCCCCACAGCCCUCACCCCCACUUCCACCUCCCUCCACGGUGCAGUUCUCCACUCUGGGCCCCGGGGGGCGCCAUGUCUAUUGCAAUAUCCCUAUGACACUGCUGAAUGGACAGGGGUUCAGAGCAGUUCACUGGGGAACAAGAGGUGCAACAGAGCAAUACCCUUGGGAAGAAGCCAGAACUCCACCUGAACAGCACCUUUGUACCCCUCACCAGCAGAGAACUAAGCUCUGACAUCUGGUAGUUGGACUUCUCAGCUGAUACUGGAAUACAGACUGCUUUUCACUGGAUUCGUGUAGACUGGCGGGUCGUCUGGUUUUCAUCAGGUUUUUGGACUGUGUGCAGACUUGGCGUUGGACUGCCCAUCGACUGCUUUUGGGCUACUCCUUCCCAGCUGUAAAUAAAAGACUACCGAAAGACCGCAGAAGGCUUGGUGUCACACUUAUUAGGAGAGUGGUUGUAAACUGUUUACAGAAAGACUGGAAUUAUACAAAGGAUUGCACUCUGAUUUUGGACCUAUUACCUGGUAACAGGCUGAUGCCAGCUGGAAUGUACACUGCUGGCAUGACCAUGUGUCCUUGACAUACUGGCAAAAAGUUCCUGACUGGUCAUGCUGAGUUUGUGGAAAGGAAUUAGGAAACUUAAGAACUAGAGAAGUUAACGAAGGCAUCCUGAGUACUUCAAUCGUGGGUAUCCACCGUCUGUAGUACUCUAUUUGUUCAACAGGCAGGCAGGUUGGAUCUUGGAGCACUAAAACAGCACCUUUUAAGUCUGCUCACAAACCAGCUGCUGUGAAAACCAGUUGACUUGUCAGCUCAGACAAACAAGACGUAGCGUAAUCUAAGAAUGCCAAUUGAUCUACUUAUGCGAGUUCUCAUCUACCUGUUGACUAGGUGGCUUGUCGGGCAGACAAAGCAGACAUCAAGCAAUGAUUUUGGAAUACCAGACCACCUUAAAUCAACUAGUCAACCUCUUGAAAUAUUGCUCUACAGCACGCUAGCUACCUGGUUUGGCUCUCAGGAGCUGAACUAGACUUGAGAAAUGUUUUUCAGCAAGAAAAACAAGAGGGGGUGACACAUAAAGCGAAGGCUGAAGCUGCUUAAUGACUGAGAAAGCACAGUUAGGCAGAAACUAGCUAGUUGCAUAGACUAGUUGGCUGAAAGAAUAGCUAGUACUUGAGGUAAGUGUGUUUAAGGGCACAGCAAGACUGGAAACCAGCCAGUCCAUCACCAACAGAUGAACUGUCAGAUUUAACACCAAGCUAAAAGCAUAAAGGACUUGGCUUUUUUCUAUUUGCAUGACCACCCAUUUAGAUUAAAAAAAAGAAUAAUAAUCAAACAAACAUAGAUAAAAGAGUAAAUGACACAAUCAUUUGUCGAAGCCUCUUUUAAUAUGGAGGGUAUAAACAUCCUAUGUUGAUACAGUAUAUUUGUUUUCUGUCUGGCCAUGAUUCAAUGAUAAAAACUGAUAAAGGAAAAAAAGGAGGUGUCCCUCCAAAAACAUUUGGGUUAUUUAUUUUGUCACGCUUUAUUUAAGGGUUUUAUCCUUUUAGAAGGUUGUUGAGAAUUUUUACCAGGCUUUGUUUUUACUGUCUGUUUGUUACAAUAAUCUUUGUACAGCUUCCAUAACCUCUGUAUAGACCUAUACAUGACAGUGAUUUGUUCCCUACAGUUUUUGUUAACACUCACAUUAAGUGUUCUCUGAUGGCUCCACAGCCACUUUUUUUGUUGCCUUUGUUGUGUUUCUCUUUUCAUCGAUGGAUGGAUGUCUUACGGCAGUACGACCCUGCUAACGGACUGAUAUUUUGAACCUUACCACUACCAGUCAGCCAAAAGGGGGCUUCACUGUAUAAAAAGCUGUACUCCGAGCUGAAUCAGACCACAUUCUUCUUUGUGAGCUUUAAAAAAGAAAAACAAGAUUAUUAAGAUAAUAUUUAAGCAAAGUGGGUAAUGUUUUGAAUUUACACAGAGCUACUGUCAUUGUCUUAUUAGAA